AUGAUUACAAUAUGUUUAUUUGUUGAAGUCUGCUGUAGACCACAACUGAACGAUAAUGCAGCUCCACCGUCAGUAGAGUCGAAGAACAUAAAUACAGACAACAAACCUGAUCAAUUACAAAAAAUAGCUGAGAAAACUACAGAUAUUUUGGAAAAAAUAGCAGAAGUAAACAAGAAACAUGGUUUGGAUAAUAAAACACAAAAAUCAGUUAGUCCUCAAAAACCUACACUAGGGCUUCCACGUUCGCAAAAUCAACACAAUCUUCACUUUCUUAACAGUAAACCGGAAGAAACUGCACGCAGUGAAUUUAGAUUUCCAACAAGUCCUUUUCAGAAUCCAAUUCUGGAAUUUUUAGAACAAGAAAAAGUUGGAAACCAAAACAGUAACCAAUAUCCAUCAGUUUACGAAAUAACAAAUCGCCAGUCUCAAGACUUAACUCCCGCUCAAGGUUUUCAAAUAACUUCGACCGAUCAUAACGCACAAAUUACACCAGAAGAUAUAAUUCCUGGCCAAUUGAUCAAGCGAAAAAUUGUACACCAGCAAACUGUUUUGGUACCAAACCCUAACUAUGCAAUGCAAACUCCGAUGGGAUAUCAAUACCCAUUUCAAUAUCCGGUUGCACCAAAUAAUCCUGGCGUUUAUAAACAAAGCCCAGAAGGGACCCCCGCAGAUACAAAAUAUUUAAACAACCUCGAAAAACAAACUAUCUCUAAUAUUAGAAAUAUUAUUAGUACUUCUCAAAAUCAAGGAUAUCCGUCUUAUUAUAACACAUUUCUACCCAUCGAUAAUACUCCCAACCAAAAUAAACUCUACGGUUACACUUUUCCAAACAAACCUGAACAGGAACAACAAAGUCCCUUGGGACAAGUUUCUAAUAAUGAUAAUAGCUAUAACAUAUACAUACCGUACCCUACUGUUAAUCCUGAAACAUCUAGACAAAACUGGAAUUGGCCAGGAGCUAAUUAUUUUCCUGUACACAUUAAAGACCCUUUUCUCCAAAUGUAUAAUGCCAUAACUACGAUGAUAGAAUAUGGUCCAAAUGCUGGAAUGCAAAAUCCGUGUAACAAGGGUAGAAAUCCAGCUACAAGCAAAAUUAAAUCUGACAAUAUUAUCAGGGAAGCAAAGAAUUCUGAUGAGGCCAAAAUUAGCGUUCAAGUUGAUGGUAGCCGUUCCUCUCCACAGAUAUCCAUAAAUGGAGAUGACAGAAACGGUACUUACUUGGAUAUCGAGGACAUUGAUAUAGGGGCUACAGGAGACAGUAGCCUAAAGUUUACUUUAAACUUAAGAAAGGAAGAGAGGGAAGUAAAAGAUGAUAGCGAUGAUAUUGGAACGGGCAUAGUAGUAAAUUUCCAUCUGAUUUUCCAUAAGGAUUUGAGACCUAUUACAGUAGUAAAAAAUCAAUCUAUUAAACCAACACGUGCUCCAAUCAUUUCUCCACCAUCAAGAGAUCCCACACAUCAAACCGAUGAGUUCGGAGAUGAAAGUGAAGAAGAAAAGAGUGAGGAAGUUAUAUCUAACGACAAUAAUAAGAAGCUGUUUAGCCGCGAUAAUACCGGAAGUGGUGUGUUCAUUCAUAGACUAAAAGUAAGAAAAGGAGGCGUUGCAAUCGCUGGACCUGGUGGUAUAGCAACUGCAGGUAGCGGUGGCACUGCUAUUGUUGGUCCCGGUGGAGUAGCUUAUACUCAGCCUGACAGUCUCGCCAUUGCUGGAUCUGGAACCAAAGUUGUAGCUGUUGACCCUACAGUUAAUUUAGGUGAUCUGGUAAAGGAAAAUGGUCUUGCAAAUAAAACCAGAUUUGAUCCUAUAUUUCCACCUUCUAGAAUAGGAAAAGUUGUCGCUGUGGGACCUGUCAUUUACUACAAUAAGGGAAAAGACUGA